AUGCAUGGCCAUGAACACGCCGGUGCGGGUCCCCUUAUUCCACAUGAGAAAUUCGGCAAAAGAUCCACGAUGGGGUUAACAAACGGGGGUCCCAGUCUAGGUUGGAAAGCUCUCGCCAUCCCCAAAUCUACUGCGGACACACAGCACACAGCACACAGCACAACAGCGCACAUCGCACAAGACCACCCACGACCACACAAUCCGCAGCAAGGCGAUAGCUAG